AUGGGUUCUACCAAGGUGGCCAAGGCCAGCGAGAGCAAAUUCUCGACUGCUUUUGGUCGAUAUCGACGGGAGACCGUGAGAGGAGCUGCUCAACAGGUGCACUCUCGAACCCAGGGCGAAAAACGGGUCGUCACGGCAGGGUGCGAAACCAAGAACAAGAAGAUCACCAAGAAAGACACCGAGACAAAAUCAGCUACGAUCAGAGAAAGCCGUUCUGCUGACUGCGUCACUAUCACCACCCAAACUCGAAUCACAAAGACUCGCACGGUCAAAAUCAAACGUGUCGACCUGAAGAUGCCUAAGAGCGAGAAGGCUAAGGCAGGUCAGCGCUUGAUUGGUUGGUACUGA